GCGGAGGGAUCCCCGGAGCUGUGCUCCGCCCUAUAUCCACACCCGCUCUCGGGGCCACCUCAUUUUCCUUCUUUGCACCUGCCGCAGUAGUUUAUGUACAGACUGUCUGUCCGUCCGUCCACCCAUCCGUCAGGGACCAUGGCUCUAUAGCUUCCUCCCGCCACCCCUGCCGCGCCUCGGCGCACGCCGCACUCUGCCUCUUGGCUCCCUACUCUGCCACCACCUACUUCGCCGGGGCCACCGCCGCCUCCGCGCCUUCCACUGCUGCCAUGGAGUCCUCAGCCUCUGCCACCCUCCCGCUGAGCAGCUUUCACCCUCCCCGGAGCCUCCUCCUUCAGCUGGGUCCUGCCUCGGCCUCCACGUGCCUGCCUGGCCUUCGAAGCCCCAGCCUGUGCAGUCCUGGCCGCCAUGUCCCUCCUGGCGGCCCUGGGGCUGGAGCUGGACAGGGCCCUGCUCCCAGCUAGCGGGCUGGGCUGGCGGGUGGACUACGGGAAGCUCCCCCUGGCGCCCACCCCCCUGGGUCCCUAUGAGGCCUUGGGGGCUGCCCUGGAGGGGCUUCCCGGGGGGAGCGAACCCCUGGCAGGUGACGGCUUCUCAGACUGGAUGACCGAGCGGGUGGACUUUACUGCCCUGCUCCCUCUGGAGCCCCCAGCGCCCCCCGGUGCCCUCCCGCCGCCUUCUCCAUCUCCUUCCCCUCCAGACCUCGAGGCCAUGGCCUCCCUGCUGAAGAAGGAGCUGGAGCAGAUGGAGGACUUCUUCUUGGAUGCCCCCCUCCCACCCCCCUCCCCAGUGCCUGUGCCCCUUCCUCUGCCCCCCUUCGACCUCCCCCAGGCCCCUCUGGACACCCUCGAUCUGCUGGCCUUCUACUGCAGUGGGGAGCCUGGGCGGGCCGAGGGGGAAGGUGGGGAGGUCCUCCGAGCCCCCCUGCCCACCCCCCCGGCCCCCCGGCCAGCCCCUUACCCGGUGCCCCCCUCGCGGGGGGACCGCAAACAGAAAAAGCGAGAUCAGAACAAGUCGGCGGCGCUCAGGUACCGCCAGAGGAAACGGGCCGAGGGGGAGGCCCUGGAGGGCGAGUGCCAGGGCCUGGAGGCCCGCAACCGGGAGCUGAGGGAGCGGGCAGAGUCCGUGGAGCGGGAGAUCCAGUAUGUGAAGGACCUGCUCAUCGAGGUGUACAAGGCCCGCAGCCAGAGGCUGAGGAGCACGUAGGGGGCCCACAGGCCGCCUCCCUCCAGCUCUGCUCCUCAGCUUGGGGGGGUGGGGGGGCAGCCACAGCAGGGACUUGGUAACUAAUAAAGGGCAGAUCGCU